UUCUCUUUUCGAUUUCUCUUCUUGAAAUUGCGAGAAGCUCUCAGAUCGCUUGCUAGGGUUAGCGCCCAAACUCUUUCUCAAUCCUUGGCCGCUCUCGAUCUUUCGCUUCCGGUACCAGAAACUCAUCGCCCUCACCGUUUCGUCUCUCCCGUGUUCGUUCAUACUCCUCAGUUCUCCGAAACCCUAAUUCCCAAUUCUCCUCUGAAACCCUAUCGGUCGAAGUUUUGCUUGACAAAGGAAUUAAAGUUGAUGCCGGCUCCGGUGUGUGGAGUAUUGAAUAUUAGGCGUACCAGUAGACGAAAGAUCAAUCAAAGGAUCACCGCUGUUUCUGGGUGGGUAAGAGCCUCCGCAAGCUUACUUGAAGGCCUAGGAGCAGAUGCACCCAAAAAAAAGAUCGUUGGAAGUUUCAGAAUGAAUUGAAAUCUGACAUCUCGAAGGAUGAUUCCGCCGAGAUCUUGAUGGCCCCUUCAGCUCAGUCUCCGACAUCGUUUUUGGCACCAGCACCACUUUCUGCACUGCCACCGCCUGAUAUUUCACCUCCUCCUCGGAUUCCACCUCCGCCUCCUCCUCGGAUCCCACCUCCGCCUCCAUCUCGGAUCCCGCCUCAGCCUCCAUCUCGGAUCCCGCCUCCGCCUCCAUCUCGGAUCCCGCCUCCGCCUCCAUCUCGGAUUCCGCCUCUGCCUCGGAUCCCACAUCUGCCUCCUUGUCAGAUUCCACCUCUGCCUCCUCCCCGGAUUCCACCUCCGCCACCUCCCCGGAUUCCACCUCCGCCACAUCCCCGGAUUCCACCUCCACCUCCUCCCCGGCCUAGACAAGGGCGGGAGGAUCGAAGGCCUCCAUUUUUGUUAAGGGCCACUUUUUACUACAGCAUUUACAUCCUAUUAUCCUCGCUGGUAGUCAUAUACUUCAGCACGUCCUUUCAGCUGGGAGAUAGCCCGCAGCCACAGCCUUUAGGUGAUCGUAUUGUCGCAGCAGUGUAUUUUUUGAAGGUGUCCUCCUUCACCAUUGGAUAUGGUGAUGUGAGAGCUGUCACGACUACUGGUAAGGUGAUUAUUAUCAUCUUAGAUUUAAUUUCCUAUCUCUUCAUAUCUGCUCUUAUUAGUCAUGCGUUAGAUGAUAUGAUCAAUAGAUUGGAGGUUUGGUAUGGGUUUGAGGGUAUGGAGGAGGCUGGGAGGACUUAUAUUAGGGUGGCAUGUGCUAUAUUUGUUGUUACAUGUGGGCUUCUUAGUGGAUAUAUCUUUAUAGCAUAUGUCUUUAGGUUGUUUGGUGAACUUGAUUCCAUAUAUUUGGUUCUGAUGACUCUCAUGACUAUCGGAUAUGGAGACAAAUCAUUCAUGACUCUACAUGGUAGAUUAUCAUGUAGAUUAUUUGCUAUAUGCUGGAUUUCUUUUCUCUUGCCUGCAUUUGACAGGGCAUGUAAGUUCCUGGUGUGUCUUUUUCUAUCAUGUAGGUUUGUGGUAGAGUGUGAGAUAUUUUGUUGCAGCCUGGUAGUUGAUUGUUUUACUUGUAUUUGGCUUGCCAUUAGAGGGGCUUUUGAUCGUAUCAGAGGUCUUACAGUUUGAGGAUCGGUUCCAUCAUUAGUCUAGACAUCUGUGAUGUACUUCAUUACAAAUGUACAAAUUUUUUUCGAUUAAUGUACAAAUUUUGUUGUUGUU